AUGGGAGCGGGCAGCACCCGGAGGGGUGUGGGCCCCCCGGACGGCGGCUGGGGCUGGGUGGUGCUGGCCGCCUGCUUCGUGGUCACCGGCUUCGCCUAUGGCUUCCCCAAGGCCGUAAGCGUCUUCUUCCGCUCGCUCAUGCGUGACUUUGGUGCCGGCUACAGCGACACGGCCUGGGUGUCCUCCAUCAUGCUGGCCAUGCUCUACGGCACGGGUCAGCCUCUCCCGGCCCUCUGCGGGGCCCAGGGCUGGGGCUGGGGCUGGGGCUGGGAACCCGACCCUGCCCAGGAACCCCUCCUUCCUGUGGAAACCCUGGCACCAGAAAGAGGGGAGGAGGGGGCAAAAAAGAGACAGGGACCAGGGUGGAGCCCGCCCAGACCGCACGUCCCCUUCCUCUUCAGCCUGGCCCUGUUGGCCAAUGGGCUCACGGACCUGGGAAGCGCGCGCGCCCGCUCCUACGGCGCCCUGGUCGCCUUCUGCGUGGCCUUCGGCCUCUCUUAUGGCAUGGUGGGUGCGCUGCAGUUCGAGGUGCUCAUGGCGGCGGUGGGUGCGCCCCAUUUCCCCAGUGCGCUGGGCCUGGUGCUGCUCAUGGAGGCCGUGGCUGUGCUCAUCGGACCGCCCUCUGCCGGCCACCUGGUGGAUGCACUGAAGAACUAUGAGAUCAUCUUCUACCUGGCUGGCUCAGAGGUGGCCCUGGCUGGGGUCUUCAUGGCCACUGCCACCUACUGUUGCCUGCGUCGCAGAUCUCGCUCUCCGGAGGCUUCUGCUGGUGCAGCCAGUGACACUGAAGACAUUGAGGCCGAGGGGAACUCUGAGCUGCUGCCCCCUGGCACUGAGGAACCGGGUCUGCAGGCCCUGGAAAUGCUGAGCCCUCGGGCCAGGUCCGUGGAACCAGAGGUGGAGCCAGAACCAGGCCUAGACUAGGAGUCUGUGUAGUGUAUUGCAAGGGGGUGGCCCAGGGGCUCUGGAAGGUGACUUCCUCUUCCCAAAGGGCUUGGCACACUAGGGAGGAGGGUCAUUCUCUGGGCAAGUCCGGGCUGCAGUCACCUCUUGGGCAUUGUGGGAACCACCCUUUCCAUUCACCAGGCCCUCCCCGCUUGCUGGUGAAAUAGCUGUGGU